GAAGUAUGACGUCAGACGCCACGCUCAGCUACAGUCCUCCUGCAGUCGGAGGCGGUUGAAGAGGGAAAUAGAAACACAGAAACCUAGAAGAGAAAUUUCAGGCAGCUCCGUCCAAACAGAAACUCUCGUUACCAUGGCCGAAGAAAAUAUCUUCCUGUUCGUCCCGAAUUUGAUCGGAUAUGCCCGUAUUGUACUGGCUCUGGUAUCUUUCUACCUGAUGCCCUGUUGCCCUGGCCCAGCUGUGUUUUGUUACCUACUGAGUGCUCUGUUGGAUGCCUUCGAUGGACAUGCAGCCCGCGCUCUUAAUCAAGGUACAAAGUUUGGUGCCAUGCUGGACAUGUUGACAGACCGGUGUGCAACCAUGUGUUUGCUGGUGAACCUGGCACUGCUGUACCCGUCCUACACUUUCUUGUUUCAGCUCAGCAUGUGUCUGGACGUGGCCAGCCACUGGCUGCACCUGCACAGUUCCAUGAUGAAGGGAGCCACUAGUCACAAGGCGAUUGACCUCUCUGGCAACCCCAUCUUACGACUGUACUACACAUCCAGGCCGGUGCUGUUUUUCAUGUGUAUGGGGAACGAGCUGUUCUACUGUCUGCUCUAUAUAAUGUACUACAUUGAGGAACCCCAGGUGUGGCUGCAAUGGAUGCUGGGAGUUUGCGGCGUGGUCUGUGUGCUGAAAUCUGGCAUUAGUCUCCUCCACCUCAUCACCGCCUCCUGUAACAUGGCUGCUAUCGAUGUGGCUGACCGUGAGAGAGAGCGGAGCAAAGCACAAUGAAACACGAGAGUAUGCACAAACCAAGAAAAUAAGAUGGAGGCCAAUUCAAAAGAGAUGAGCAGAAAAUAAGAGUGAUGAUAAAACGCUGGCCAGUAUAAACAAGGAUGAGAUCAUGGAACUCAGUCAUGGGACCUCACACAGCCUCACUGAGCAAAUAUAUUUAUUUGAAUAUAGAUUAUCAAAGCUAUAAAACCAGGGCAAAUUCCUUACGAGUUUUAGCCAUAUUCCUAUAGUCGUGCUUUUCAUUGCUGUUGUUGGAACUAGUUGCACUAUGAGAGUACUACGUUUAUGUCAUCUUUGGGGUGUCUUCAUAUGAAUUUUUAUUUUUGACGGUUAAUUUAUUUGUUCAUGGAAUAAUCAUGUAUCGUUUUAAUGGGAUUUAGAAUAGUUCUGCUAUUUAAAUACCAACAUUUCCACACAUAGACAGGCACAUUCCACACUUGAAAGCCACUUGAGUAUUAUUGUACUAGGCCGUUGUUUUAUCAUUAGAUGUGGUGUUUAGUUAUUUUUGAACUGUCAGUAUGAGCCUGUCUAUUACGGUUUUAUUAGACUGUAUCAAAGAACAUCUGUGUGAAUAUUAGUUUGAAGAGUGUGAAGCCAUUAUUAUAUUAAACAAGUGGCUCUGGUAUCAUUUUCGUCCAUAGCCUUCUGAAUGUAUUAUUCGGUUGUGGUAGAGGGGUAGAUGUGCGCUACCAGUCAAAAGUUUUAGAACAGUAAGAUUUUUGUCUGUUCUGCUCAAAAUGCCUGCAUUUAUUUGAUCCAAAGUACAGCAAAAACUUGAAAAUUUGUAAAAUAUUUUUAUUCUUUUAAAAUAACUGUUGUUUAUUUGAAUAUAUUUUUUAAAAAUUCUGUGAUUUCAAAGCAUUUUUUAGCAUCUUUACUUCAGCCUUCAGUGUCACCGAUCCUUCAGAAAUUAUUCUAAUGUGCUGAUUUGCUGUUCAAGAAACUAUUAUUAUGAUCAAUAUUCAAAACAGUUGUGUACAUUUUUUUUCAGGUUUCUUUGAAUAGAAAGAUUCUAGAAGAUAGAAAUUAAUACUUUUUAUUUAGCCAAGAUGCUUUAAAAUGAUCAAAAGUGAUGAUAAAGAUAUUUAAAAUGCUACAAAAUAUUUCUAUUUCAGAUAAAUGCUGUUCUUCUGAACUUUCCAUUCAUCAAAGAAACCUGAAAAAAUUCUACGCUGUUUUCAACAUAAUAAUAAUAAAUGUUUUUAAGCAGCAAAUCAGAAUAUUAUGAUUUUGAAGGAUCGUGUGACAGGUGUAAUGAUGCUAACACUUCAACUUUGAAAUCACAUGAAUAAAUUACAUUUUAAAAUAUAUUAUAAUAAAAAGCAGUUUUUUAAUAAUAAAAAUAUUUCAACAUUUUACUGUUUUUGCUGUACUUUGGAUCAAAAAAUGCUGGCUUGGUGAGCAAAAGCAACUUAUUUAAAAAAAAAAAAAAAAAAAAACUUUUGACAGGUAGUAUUUGCUGUCUAAAUUUUUACAGCUGUAGAUAUAAAUGGUAAGAAAUCUAUGAAAGUUAUAUGAUUUUGGAGCAAAGUCCUUUUGUACUGUAACUGAUGAUUUGACAAUAAAGAUAUCCUGACGUCAAGAUGCAGCUUUAAUCCUGCAUAUAAUGUGA